GUUGUCUUAUAAUUUGAUGGUUUUCGUGAUCGUCUCAAUCAUUGUUUUGUUUGGUCACUGCUUCCUGUUUCAGCACCAAUGAAGAAAGUUGUCUUGAAAUUGGAUUUACAUGAAGGCAAAGAGAAACAGAAAGCCAUGAAAGCUGUUUCCGGUCUCUCCGGUGUUGAUUCUAUUUCGAUGGAUAUGAAAGACAAGAAGUUGACAGUGAUCGGCGACGUUGACCCGAUUAACAUAGUGAACAAGUUGAGAAAACAAUGGCAUACCGAGAUUUUAACGGUUGGACCGGCGAAAGAAGAGAAAAAAGAUGGAGGAGCCAAGAAAGAUGAAGGUGGAGGCGGUGGUGGCGGCGGCGGCGGCGGCGGCGGCGGCGGUGGCAAGAAGGAGGAUGAUAAAAAGAAAGAAAGUGAUCAGAUUGCUGAGCUUGUUAAGGCUUACAAGGCCUAUAAUCCUCACAUGACUACAUAUUAUCGAGUCGUAAGUGCGGAAGAAAAUCCGAAUUCGUGUAUUAUUAGCUAAAUUUGCUGGACUUAUAAAGGAUGCAACGCAACAGCUGAAUGAAAAGUAAGGAGAUGCUGUAUAGAGAGUGAAUAAAUUUUGAUCAAUGUUAUGUAGAGCUUAUUGCAACAUAUUUACUUUGUUCGGAUUUUAAAUAUUUAUACCGAAUUUUAACAUUUGAGAUA